AUGGCCGAUCCAGGAUCCACAAGCCCCGCGGCGCCGCAGCCCAUCAGCGAAGCCACGCCGCUGCUGCUGCUCCCAAACGGGGACGGGAGCAGCACCCGGGAUGAUGACGCGCCGCGCCUGCGCACCGCCAUCCCGUUCCUCCUGAUCCUGACGGCCGUCGAGUUCGCCGCCGCGCUGUGCGCCGCGGGCGUGGCCGCGCUCGUCGAGGGUUCCCUCUGCCGCAGCGCGUUCCCCGACGUCGUCGACCCGUACCGCGACGCGCGCUGCAAGGACAAGGCCGUCCAGGCUGACCUGGCCUGGAUCAUCGGCAUGGAGAAUACAAUCUCCGUCGUGCCGGGGCUGCUCAUGUCGAUCCCGUACGGCAUCAUUGCGGACAAGUACGGGCCGAAUAUCGUGCUUGGUCUCGUCUGGGUCGGGCAGUUUCUGUCCGAGGGCGGCCACCUCGUUGUCUGCCUCAACCCGCACAUUUUCAAUGUUCGCUGGAUCUACGCCUCGUCGUGCAUGACGCUCAUUGGCGGCGGCGGCGCCACCUACGCCGCCAUGCGAUUUCUCGUCGGCGCCAGCCUCGUCAGCGAGAAGAACAGAACCACGCUCUUCUUCUACAUGCAAGCAUACAGCACCUCGGUCAUCUUCUUCACCGGCCCCGCCGUCUACUUCAUCAUGAGCCGCGCCGGCCCCGUCGGCGCGCAAACUGUUGGCGUGCUGCUCAUCGCCCUCAUGACGAUCCCCGGCUUCGCCAUGCCGCGCAAACUCCGCAACACGCCCUUCGUCACCUCCCCCUCCUUCCCGGAAUCCGCCAGCUUCACGUCGCGCGUCGUCGACGUCUUCACCACCACCACCUCGACGCUGCGCCUCGUCUUUGGGCACAACCUGCCCCUCACGCUGCUCCUUGGCGGCGUCGUCUUCACCACGCUCGGCGCCUACGAGACGACGUUUCGGCUGCAGUACGCCACGAAGCGCUUCGGCUGGACGUGGGCUGAGGCCGGACUGCUGUCCUCAGUCGUGUCUGCCGCCAAUUUGUCCAUGCUCGUGCUCGUGCUGCCCGCGCUUAGCUGGCUGAUGCUGCGCGCCAACCUCUCGGCGCUGCGGAAGGACCUGUGGCUCGCCCGGGGCAGCGGCGGCCUGCAGGUGCUUGGCAGCUUCCUGACGGCGCUCGCACCCACCGGUGGCACCUUUGUCGCCGCCAUUGCCCUGUACGAGUGCAACCGCGGUUACAUGCCGUCCAUGGUGAGCGUCAUCGUGUCCGUGGCGGAGCGCAGCGCCGGUAUCACCCAGCAGUCAACCGUCUACGCCUGUGUGUCCACCAUGAGCGCCACUGGCGCCAUGCUCGCCGGGCCCGUCAUGGCGAGCGCCUUUCGCGUCGGCUUGCAAUGGGGCCAGUCGUGGUACGGCCUGCCCUUUUUGGCGGCAGGCCUGCUGCAAAUGUGCGCAUUCCUUAUUCUCGUCUGCGUCCGGCAAAAAUAG